GCGAGAGAAGAGAGAGAGCGAGAGGAAGAGGGAGAAUGCAUGGUGUCUGGGUAACACUUCCACACUUGUGUCCAGGGCCUUUGUGAAUACACCAUGGGAUGCAUCGGCUCCAGGAGACUUACGGCAGAUGGCGUGCCAGUCCAGAAGGAUGGGGAGCAGCAUGGACGUUCAGAAUUUUCAUGGGAAGGAAUCAAUCUCUCAAUGGAAGACACCACGUCAAUCCUGCCUCGACUGAAGAGGAACUCUAAUGCCUAUGGGAUCGGGGCUCUGGCUAAGUCCUCUCUGACAGGUGUGUCAGGGGUGAGCCGUUCCAUGAAGGAAAGGGUGACAAAGCCCACAGCGAUGGCCCAGGGCCGCGUAGCUCACAUGAUCGAAUGGCAGAACUGGGGCAUGCAGACAGUGGGCGCGGGGGGCGUCCCCAAGUCCCGCAUCACCACCCAGGAGCGGGAAAACGAGCGGCGGCUGGAGAAUGACGCCUACAGUGACCUCAGUGAUGGAGAGAAGGAGGCCCGUUUCGCUGCAGGUAUCCUGCAGCAGUUUGCGAUCUCCGAGGCAACGCUCCUGGCCUGGACAUCCAUGGAUGGAGAGAGCCUGCGGUCAGGGUCAAACCAGGGCAGCGUGGCCCAUCUCAGCGAGGUCAACCAGGAGAGCAUCACCAGCCGAGAUCAGAUAUUGCACCACUCCUCAGCAGAGGUUUGGCCUCAUACGUACGUCUCCCAGGGCCUUUACUGCCUCUCCUCCUCUGAUGCCUGGGAGCCAAUCAACAAUGAGCCCUCCGGUGUGGCGUCUCCCCCUGCUGGCUCCUAUGUUAUGGCAACAGGGACGGAGGGGUACGACGGGCAGGCAGCAGCUCACUACCUGUCACAGCAGCAGCAACAGCAGCAGCAGUUCAACUUCCAACAGCAAACCCAACUACAACAGUUGCAGCAGAUCCAACAAAUUCAGCACUACCAGCAACAACAGCUCCUGCAGUAUCAGCAACAACAGUCCCUGGAGCACAGGCUGCACAGUGCUAACCACUCUUUGCAGGCCACGCCCAACAGCACCAUCCACAGUCUGGUGCAUCCCACUCACCCACCAUUGGUUGACCUGUGGAAUGCUGGGCAGACAGAGGCCUAUCAGGCGGAGGCUGGUGGCUAUAUGGGUGUGGCAGCAGUGGUGGAGCCAAGUCUUGGUGUCCCCUGUGGAGACGAGCUGGUGGGAACAGAGCACUCCCCGCUUUUGGAGCAGCAGGAGGAGGAGGAGGAGGUCAAGGAGGAUGAGGUGACGGUGUGCAUGGAGCCUGAGUCAGCCACGUUGACUCCACCCACACAACAAGGGGAUGCUUCUGGUGGCAGUAGUCCGGGGCAACCGCCAGCAGAGCCAAUCACAGAGUGGAAGGCCUCAGAUGUCACAUCCGGCCUUGUUCAGACACUAGAGGAGAAGGAAGAGGAGGAGGAGGAGGGACCAGCAACUUCCCUGGCAACCAACUGAGUCCCCGGCUGUCAUGAGACUCUUUGCAGACUGACCACGGAGUCAGGAAGGAAUGAGCAUAAUAAUACAAUAUAUAUCUAUUAAUCUGUUCCUUUUCAGGUAUCAACAACACAGUUUUUUGGUUGCAAGAUUAAUUCUUGAGACGGGUGAGAAACAGAGGACAAUUUGGAGGCAGACUCACAAUGAGACAAGAGCUGAUGCAACAGAGGACACCCAUUUCUUUGUAAGCCUUACAUCCCAAAGGUAAAGGAGGAGAGCAAUGGAGUGAGGAUGGAGACACUGAAGGAGGGGCGGGAAUAAGGAGGAGGAGGAAGUGGAGGAGGAGCACCUACUCACAGUAACAUUUGCAUCAGGGAAACGAAAUCACAUGGAGAUCCAGAGGAGGGGAAUGGAAACAUGCAUGCUUUUUAUGAAGACAAGCAACCUGACCCUGUCAUUGUCUUAUAAUGAUAACGAAAAUCUAUCAUAAGAAUAUGAUAAAGUGAUAACAAUAAUUUUCUAAUAAAGCAAAAAAGAACGACAAAAAUCUAUGUAUAAGUGUAUGAUAAGAUGUAACAAAUCAGUUUUCCAGUGGGAGAACUACUCUGUUUACAGCUAUUACUCAACAUAUUAGAUAGUGCUUAAUUGAAUUAAUUUCCUCCUUAUACUGAAGAGCAGCAUCACUCACACAGUACACUAGUACAAUCUUCACAAUGGCAAUCCAAACGGUUUCACAAAAUAAAAGCAAUCGUGGUAGGCGAAAAACAAGGAUACUCUCAUGAUGCACCUACGAUCAGAUCAUAUCAGAUUUAUUGAACCUGACACAAAUAAACAGUAUUUCGGUGAAAUGUAGUUUAACCCUCUAACACACAUUACUCUAUAAUGCUGUGGCACCGUGAUGCCCGAGGCACAAACCCAGGACAAGCCUGUCCUAUUGACUGCACACACACAGCACUGCACAGAUAAGGAUUGUACUGUAAGAUAGUGUGCUUCCUACUCUGUCUUUCUGUAUGCAUGUUUCUUCAGAGUACUAUGGAGUACCUGUACUAUACAGCACUGUAUAGACUUUGCACUGAACCAUAGUAUCCUGGCCUGGGCCGUGGUGGGCCUGCACUGGGCUUGACUGGCAAGUCUUGUUUCCUGGCGUGAAUGACAGAAAAGACAGAACUGUAAUAAGCGAUUCUUUUUUUGCACUGAUGCAAUCCAACAGAUCAGAGGUUGCCUUUGGACUGUUAGAUUUGCCCAAGUCCCACUCUGAAAGCUUUUAGCACCACCACCAACCAAAACCGAGCCACUUAACAACAUGAACCCUCAGCUGCUUUUCCAUAUAGUAGUUAUGAUAAAUUAAGGAUGAUAACCACUAUGGAAUGUACAUGAUCUGAGGCUGGUUUCAACCAGAACAUCGUUUCCAUGUCUCCACUUGGUACACAUGGGACAGAAUCAAACGUUUCUUCAGAAACAAAGAUAAACAAGGGACUCUUCCCAACAUGUAGGAGGGAGCUUUGAAAAUGGGUACAGAUUCACUGCUGGCUCACUUGGACCACCACUACACAAGGAAACACACAAACACACACACACAGACACACACACACACACACACACACACACACACACACACACACAAAAACAUAAAUAUCUAAAUUGUAACCAGCAAUAGACAGGCAAAACACUGGCCUCCCAACAGACUAGUGGCAGCUCUGUCAUAUAUAGAUGUAAAUAGUCUCAGUAUAUAAAAAUCGCCUCUCUCACAGUCACAGCUGUUCUAGUAGAGUAUCAUUUGUUUAUUUUUCUACACCUCUCAGUCCCACUUUGCUUUGGGAUUGCUCUCAAGCUCACAAAUUAGGCCUGCACUUUUAUUUCACCUCUACUACCACGCAAUGACAAACAGAUGAACAGAUAGAGGAAUGUUUCUGUUGUAAAUAGAGUGAUCACUCAAGGUAACGGGGGUGUCGGAUUUUACCGAGAGAAUCCAUCAGUAGGAAACAAAGCAAAGUAAGUCGCUGGCCCGGGUUCAGGGGGGAAUUACACCCCAUGUGCCGCUCAAUCAGUCAAUCAGGGAACAGAACAGAAGACUAGACCUGGACACUAGAGCCGAAUAGAUCGGUGUCUUCCUGCUCGUUGUGAUUACUGUGAUGCAGCUGCCUGGAGUGUGAUAGUGAUUAUAAUGAUGUUUGAGUAAGCCUGUGUUCUUUUUUCCUGGGGAAGAAAGUGUAUUUUCCAGUGGAGGAGAGUUAGAACAAAACAGAGAUACACCGAAGUGGACUGUCUGUGCAUGACUCACUGAUGAACUUCAACAACAACAACAAAAAAAGAGAAAAAAAAAAACAGCUAUUCUCAUCCUUCUCUGUUGGAGAACACCUUCUCCUCUCACUUUGAUGAUUGUGUAAGAAACUUUUAAGACAAAAAAAGAUUUAUUGACUUGAAUGAAUUUAUUUAUUGAUCGCUUAUUUAUGCAAUGUUGGGACAAUGUUUAUUUUUCUACUGAAUUGUUGAAAUCCCCUCCAAUAUGAGUUAGAAUAGGUGUCAUGGUUGUAAAGCAGCCUUGUUUCAGUCUGGUUUUGAGCACCUUCACACACAGACAGGCAAUCUAGCUCUUCUGCAACAUCAUUAGUCGAGAAUAUUUAGACAAAUUGUUAAGGGACUAGAUACGGAUAGCUUGGCAGCUACCAGUCAUUAAGAAUCCAUCAUAAUUUUUUUCCCUUUUUCAUAAUGCCACUUGAAGUGCUAAAAGCUGAAUCCCUACUGAACAACCCAUUUUUUUUGGGCUGCUGUUGCACCAUUAGUCUGACAGAUCAAAACAAAGUCAGAGGGCUCAAAACUGCAAACAGGAUGUCUUUACACAAUGGCACAUAUUCAUUUAUUUAUUGAACAAUUAUUUGGCGGGGAGGACUUACAGCUUGUACAGAGUCUAUAAUUUAAUGUAGGUAUCAGCCCUUUCGGGAGCAGUAUCUUUUUCUCGUUAACUCUGUCAGUCGUCAGAAUCAUUUGGUUUCGAGAUGUGAUGUGGCAAGACGAUCAUUUUACCUUUGUUGGUGGGAACAUCGCUACAUAUUUGGCUGACUUGGAUACGUAAUUGUGAUUGUCUCAACUACCAUUUGCUAAAAAAACAAAACAACUGGCUUGUUUAUGAGAAAACAUGCAUAUGCUUGAUGACAACGGGAAAGACACUGCUUCAAUUUGGGUCAUUUUAUUGCUUUUUUUUUUUUUUUUUUUUUUUUUGAUGAUGAUCUCAAUGAAUGAAUAAACUAAUAACAAGAAGCCAAAUAUAUUUCUGUGGAUGUUACAGUUUUCUGAUCAUAUCUUUGUUGACUGAAUGAUUUCCAGUUGAGUUCCUCUUUUGUAUAAUUCUACUGCCAUCUUUCAAGAGUUAACUUGUCUGCAGGCAUGACGCUCAAUCUGCUUCUGGUCUUCUGCCUUUCUCCCUCUCCUUUUCUCUCUUUCUGUCUCUUUGUAUCUGUUCUGUAUAUUUGUGUCUGUCUGUAUGUCUGUCGAUCAAUGUGCAGUAGUUGUCUGCUGUCUUGUUGGAAGAAUCACUGCCUGAAAAAAAAGAAGAAA